AUGUCUACAAACCUCCUGGGCGUAUUGAUAGAUGUCUUCGUUUUACUUCUGCGCUUAGGGAUUAGCAUCCUGACUACGAGGAAAGAUUGUGGGGUAAUCAUUGAGUCAGUAGCUCACAGCAUGACGGUCAAGCCGAUGACCAUGGAUGUGGUCUUGAUCGCUUCCGAAGGCCGAUUAAUGAUCCGGGAGAAGUGGCGCCACCGAUUUGUUAGGCCACCUCAGCGAUCAAGGACUCGACCACCUGUUCAGACUCGCAUCAAAAAGUACCAAGUACAGUGGGAUAGAGGCCUCUCUCGGCCUCUUUCAGGCUUAAAUUCGAGAAUCCGAUACUUCUCGAUAAAGAAACGGUCCACCCGAUCUUUUAGCGCCCUCAUAGUGCGGGAAUUUAGGAGACCCCAUGGAGAUUGUCAUGUGGCUGCCCAUUCCUUAUUCCUCGCCGGUCCGCAUGUCUGGUACGUAGCAGGCUUCUGUCCGACCGUGCCAAGACAAUCCGAGGAAGCCCAAUCUGCGCCCAUGAAGCCGCCACUCAUACCGAGUAUUCAACGGGUGCAAAGCUUCGUGAACUCAAGAUUAGCUUUAGCUAUUGAACAUAGCAACAUUUGGUUCACGAAGAGAAGUCCUCAAACGGGAGAUAUGGCUUCAGUUCCUCACCAGAUAUCUUCAUCGCGUAACCAAGCUCAUGAGAAUCCGACGACUCUGGAAGGAAUAGAAGCUGCAAUCAGACAAUCGGAAAUCGCACUUAACUUAGCCGCUUCACAGGAGGACCAACACCCAGCGUUCCAAGCUGUGCAUCACGACCGCCUCGCCGACCUUUACUACUCGAAGUAUGGGUUAACUCGCAACAGCAGCGACCGUGACGCCGCCAAAUCUCUAAGCGGUACAGCCGGGGUUCUUGGCAAACAGGCCACGCAAAAUAACCCCCCAGGCUACUCUAAGGCGGCGCAAUGGUGCGCAAUCCAGGGAAGUCGGCUCUCAGUUCGUUUCGAAAGGUUCGGAGAGAAGAAGGAUCUUGACGAUGCCAUUGACAUCUAUGAAGAAGCUUUGGAAGCCCUUACAGAAGGAUCAUCUUUGCGAUCGAUCAUCCUGAUGAACCAAGCAAAUUGCCUCUGCACCAGAUAUGAGGAAGAAGGGUCCGUGGAGGAUAUUGAGGAUGCGAUCAGAAAAGCUAGGGAGGCGUUGACUACUGCGGGCACAAACACUGCAACGAUACAAAACGAUCUCUCCACUAUGUACUUGUCCAAAUACGAGAGGGACAAGGUACCGGAGGACUUGGAAGAAUCGUUGAAGCUUUCGAAGAGUGCAGUAGACAGGACAGCCCAGGAUGACCCGAAGCUUCCCACUAGGCUAGUGAAUCGAGCUAUUGCAUUGAAUGCCCGAUACGAAUCCUUGGAGGAGAUAAAGUGGAUUGAGGACACAAUUGAGACCUUGGAAAAGGCAGAGGCUUCCGCCAGAACUGGUAAUGCGGCAUGUCUCCCUCAGAUUCUCUCUCGGCUCGCUGGUGCGUUAUACGUGCGUUACAGGCGGACGAGGACUUCUUCCGAUAUACUUGCGGCACUCGAGAAAGGGAAGGAGGCUCUCCAGCUGAUCGAUGAUAACCCUCAUCAUGAUGACCGAAAGAAGCUCAACAAACUCCUGCAUACUUGCAGCGAAGAGGCCCGGGAACUAGAAGAUGACGAAGAGGAAGUAAGAGAAGGCGACUGUUUUGUGGAGGUUUGA